AUGCGCUUCUCUUCGUUUGUCACUGCCUUGUCCUUGGCAUCCACUGCUCAAUGCUACGUGGUAUCGGCAGCAACUGCAGUAAACAAAACCGGUUGCGUUACUGCCGAGCAUAUUGAAAUCAUGCGCGAUGGGCUGUUGCAUCUGUCGCAGGAAUACAAGUUUCCAUUCCCAGAGGGAUUUCCCCACCCCAGCGACCUUCGCGGCAAGGACCCCAACGAAUGCGUUCCAGAGAGCGCUUCAGACGCUGUCACAGACGCUUUGGUCAGGGCCAGCAAGGUCUUUGACUUUGAAAGCAAGUACGCCGAGUACAUGGGACAUCCCACGACCCAACUGGCCAAACGAGCCCGCACUUGUCAGGAUAUUGAGCAGAGUGCUGAGCAAAGAACAGCCAGUACUUGGAGCUGUCGGUCUGCUCCACAUUUUAACGCAUGCAAAUCUUGCACCGCCCUCUCAACCGUUGGCUACAUUUCCUACAUUGGAGUCUGUCUCUCCAAGCAGUUGACCGAGACUGUUCCCUGCUGCAUACUUGGGACGACGAUAUACAUUGCCGCUUACUCAAACGUUUGCUUGAGUAAGUAA